GACGUUGGAAACAAGUUAAUUACUUAGCUGACGUAUUUUGGCGCCGAUGGAUGAAAGAGUAUCUACCAUGCUUGCAAACUCGUCAGAAGUGGUUGGGAAGGAAAAGAAAUUUCAAGGAGGGAGAUGUGGUGAUUGUGGCCUCUGAAAAAACACCACGUGGUUCCUGGCCUUUGGGAGUGAUCGAAACAUGCGAGAAGGACGAAGACGAUUUAGUAAGAACUGUGAUGGUGCGUAUGAAGGAAGGUACCGUGAGAAGAGAUAUAAGAAAGCUUUGUCUUCUUGAGGGAGUAGAAGAAAGAUAGAGUAUGCAGACAGCUAGGUAGAUAGAGCCACGGCUGAAUACACAGAGGUGUUUUGCGUGUCUGGAGGGAUUUUGGUGGCCGGUGUAAAGGAAAAAUGAUCUGAAAAUCCCUCCCGAUCACCCUUAUUUGAUUGUAUUGACAUUUAUUUUAACAUUUUUACCCUCGUUAUGGAUGGUGUACCUUUGACCCUCGCCGGUGUAAUGUUAUUUGCUUGUUUAACUGUCUUAUUUGACUUUACACUCGGUAUUUGCCUUUGUAUGUUUGAGACUUAUUAUGAGUGUUUCACUUUCCUAUUAUGUGACGCUGGACUGUUGAUAAGGUGAUGUUGUUUUACUGCGCACGACAUUUUGUUUUGGUUCAACUUACGGUUGUGCAGUGAUUUGACUGUUUGUCUUUUGACUGUCUACUGGGAACGUUUGUUUGUUGAUUUGAUUCCUGUAGGCAGAGUUUUGAUCCCUUUUGCCGGGAAUAUUCCUAUUGACCGACAGGUAUUUAACAGUUGUAUUUUUUAACCAGUUUUUACCGUGUAGUACGUAUUUGUACCCGAGAACGUUUUGGACUGUAUAGUUACCCAACGGCACUGUUGAGUACCACAGAUUUUGUUACGAAUCUACUAUUGAAUUACUACAAACCGUGUUUUGAUAUUUCGAUCCAACCUUUGACUGUGCGUCACUCGCGGAAGUUAGGAAGCUAUACAGUAGAACGCAGGAACUAGUCAGAUUCACGUCAGUUGGCACCGCCUAGCUAUUUCCCGCGUUCAGGCCAAGAUUAUUGGAUUCUGGCCGCUACAGUACUCAACAACCCGUCACUGCUGUACCUGGCAAUCGCAAGGUGUUCCUUGAGUCAAUUCCGGACGGGGAAGGUGACAUGUCCAUGGAUCCAACCUCAGAUACCAAGCAAGUCCCUCUUGAUGUUAUUUCAUGCCGUGGCUCUGAUAAUGGUACAGUUAUUGACUAUAGUAAGACUAGUCCUUGUAGGACCUCUGCUCAGUUGAAGGUACGACAGUUGGAUGAAAGGCAAGAGUUGGAACUUCGUGAAUUCAAGGCUAAACAAAGACAGGAAAGGUUGCGUCUGCAUAAAGAACUCAACUUAGAUGUGAAUGGGGGUUUAGGUGAUACCUUUUCCUUGGAUGAUGAUAUAAAGUGUCACAAAUCAGUUUGUCUUGGCAUUGACCCUCAUAGCAGUUCUGAUCGUGAAACGACUAGCCAGGCGAGCAGCGCAGAAAACAAAGGGGUUGCCGCUACGUUGCCUUGUGUCAGUGUUGGCCAUGAGUUGCCGAAAGUAGAAUUAAGCAGCUUUGACGGACAUCCAGCCAAAUAUUGGAAGUUUAUGAGGCAGUUUGAGCUCUACGUUGUCUCUAAGGUUGAUGAUGAUGGACAGAGGCUGUUAUACUUGUUACAUUACUGUAAAGGUAAGGCCAGGGAGGCUAUAGAGGAAUGCAUUAUGUUACCACCAUCUGCUGGUUAUCGUAGGGCUCGGGAUAUACUCAACGUUUGUUUGGAAGGACUCAUGAAGUCAGCCGGGCCUUACUACAGGAUCUGAUGGAAUGCUCGAACAUAGAACAAAACGAUGCUGAGGCAAUGUCGAGGUUAGCUAUAAAAAUGGAAAACUGCGCUAUAGCCCUAGAGCAAAUGGACUAUACUGCGGACCUUAACUCCUUGAGAACUUUAGAAGGUAUAGUAAAGAAAUUGCCCCGUGUGUUACAGAUGAAAUGGGCGGAGACUGUCGAAAAGCUAACUGAAACCGAACGAGAACCUACCUUCGCAGAGUUAACGCAGUUUGUGUCAGCACGUGCGAGCAUUUUGCUAAGUAGGUUUGGACAGCUGGCAACAAGCAGUCGACGACCAGAUAGUAAAAUAGCAUGUUCCACGCAGCAGCUAGUACCCGUUGGGGGAGUCCUGAAACCUUCAUGUAUAUUUUGUGGAGGGAACCAUGUAGUCACAAAAUGUACCACAUUUCUGUCGUUACCGGUGGAUGAGAGAUGGUCGAAGGCUAAAGAAACAGGUUGUUGUUUUUCAUGUCUUAAAAGGGGCCACAGGUCCGUAGAAUGUAAAAUUCACGGGGUGUGCAGUGUAGAAGGUUGUAAAGCAUACCAUCACCCUCUGUUACACAAGAAGACCCACCACGCCGUAGGCGAACAACCGGAGAAAGGCAGUUGUGGAUGCACUGAGUCUCUCAGAGAAAGCGUGUGUUUGGGCCUACUCCCGGUACGUGUAAAGCACGGUAAUAAAGAGGUUUACGGUUAUGCUAUCUUGGACAAUGGCUCUGAUACAACUUUGAUCACGAAAAAUGUUUUGCAACUUCUAGGAUUGUCGACUGACGGCACAAAGACUAUCAUCAAAACUGUUAGUGGAAGUAGAUUGGCGGACUCAGUCAGCAAGCCUUUCGAAGUUUAUUCACUAGACGGAAACGAAUGCAUACUUAUAGAUCGAGCAGUUGUGGCAAGAGAUCUCCCAGUACGGAGACCUAAAGGGUCGAUGCGAGAAAGUAUUAAAAGGUGGCCGCAUCUGACUGACGUACCCUGGACAGAGGUGGAAGACGGGGAGGUAUUGCUGCUCAUCGGUUGCGAUGUACCUGAGGCUCACUGGGUUCUAGAUCAGAAGUUAGGGGGCAGAAAGAGCCCAUAUGCUGUGAGAUCAUUGUUGGGCUGGGUCGUGUUCGGUCCGACAAGCUUUCGUGAGCACAGGGAGAGGGUUGUGAAUUGUAUGUCUCGGUCAGAUCUAUUAGUCGAUCAAUGGAAGAAAAUUUACGAUUAUGAGUUCAGCGAUUUGUACUCGGGAGAUAAGUCGUUAUCUGUCGAUGACCUAGCCGCUGUAAACAUAGUGCAGCGAGGUACUUAUUGGGAUAAUGGACAUUUCGUUGUCCCCUUGCCCUGGAAAAUGGAGUCCAAGAGAGUAUACGGUGGAUGCGAAGUAGCCAGGCGACGUUUGGAGAGUUUGAAACGCAGACUAAUAUCCUCGGAAAGCCUUCGCGAAAGCUACACUAGCGCCAUGGAAGAGACCAUCAGAAAGGGAUAUGCAGCAGUAGCUCCUGAGCCCCAGCUUAAUCCUAGCUACCGCCCACGAUGGUAUUUGCCGCAUCAUGCCGUAUUUAACCCCAAGAAACCGGGGAAGGUAAGAGUUGUGCUGGACUGCGCUGCCAAACUGUCCGGAACUUCUUUAAAUGACUUCCUGUAUCAGGGACCAGACACGACAGCGAACUUGGUUGGAAUAUUAUUGCGUUUUCGCAAAGAACUGAUUGCCCUGACGUCCGAUGUGGAAGAAAUGUUUAUGCAGGUGAAAGUCCCAGAGUUUGACCGAGGUGCUCUGCGGUUCCUAUGGUGGCCUCAGGGUGAUUUCUCGAAGGAACCUAUUGAAUAUCAAAUGACGUCACACCCAUUCGGUGCAGUGUCCUCACCGUUUUGUGCGUAUUUUGCAAUGGCCAAGACUGCCGAGACGUAUGCCAACGAUUAUGAUAGUUAUGUGGUGGAAGCAGUGAAGCAUAACUUUUAUGUUGAUGAUUGCCUAGUGUCCUUUGCAAGCCCAGGUGAGGCAAAAAC